AUGAAUAGUGAUGAUGAUAAUGAAAACCAAAAAGAUGUCUUUGGAGUAUUCGAGAUAAAUGAUAAUAUAAAGGAGGAGGAGGAGGAAAAAAAUGAAGAGAAAAAACAAAAGAUAGAUAAUAAGAAAGAACAGAAAGAAAAACAUAAUAAAAUGAAUAUCAUUGAUAAUGAUAAUAAUAAUAAUAAUAAUAAUAAUAUUAAAAAUAGUUGUGUUGUUAGUAAAAUGUUAGAAGGAAAUGAUUUAUUAUCUUCAACUCACGAUGAAAUAAAGAAUAUAUAUGACUCAUCUAAUGAUAUAAUAACAAUAGAAGUAAAUAAAAAGAAUGAAAUAAAACAAUAUGAUUAUUUAGAAAAAGAAAAUGAUAAAUAUAUUUUAAUAAAUCUUAAUCAUAAUAAUAAUAAUUUCAAAGACCAUAUUAUUAGUUGUAAUAAAACAAAAGAUAGGUGUACUCAUCAGUUAGAUAAUAAAAUUAGUGACAAUGAGUUGGAUCGAAAUUUAAAAAUAUCUUAUGAUCAUAUAUUAGAUGACGAACAUAUAAAUUUUGAUACAUCAUAUAACAUGGAUGAUUUAAAUUACGAUAUUAUAAAAAAUAAAACAGAAAAAAAGGAUAUACAUGUUAGAGAGUAUACUUUGAAUAAUGAUAAUGACAAGAGGGAUAUUAUAAGCACAAAAAAUAAUGACGAUAAGUUUGAUAAAAAAUGUGGUUUUCUCUUUUUAAAUAAUGAGCUCCUUAAAGGAGACAAAGAAUGUGAUAUAAAUGAUAAUAUAAUGUGUGAUGAUAAUAAUAUUAAAACGUGUGAUAUAAAUGAUAAUAUAAUAUGUAAUAGUAAUAAUAAUAUAAUUUGUAAUAGUAAUAAUAAUAUAAUUUGUAAUAGUAAUAAUAUUUUUUAUAAUAAAGAAAAGCCAUUCUUCAUAGAUACAAUUAAAAACUUUAAACAAGAUAUUAUUCAUAAUAAGAUGUUUGAAAGUGUUAGCAGAAAAGGACUAAUAUUCAUUUUAACUAUUCAAGAUGUAUUUAUUAAGAAGACGAAAAAAAUUUUAUGUAACAAAUGUAGUGAUGAACUACCCACCUUUAAUAAUAUAAAUAAUAUUUUUAAAGACAUGCUAAAAAUAAAUAUAGAAAAACAAACUAGCGAAAUAUAUAUGACAAAACUUUUAGAAAAGAUAAAAAUGGAUUUCUUAAAAACAGAAGAAUAUUUAAAAAAACAAAUAAGAGAUAAAAUACAUAUUAUAAAUAAUUUGAAUGUAAAAAAUGAAGUUCUUAAUAAUACUAUUAAAAAAUAUAAAGAAUAUUUUUAUAAAAUAAAAAAUGAAGAAGAAAUUAAAAACUCACGUAUGAAAAUUAAUAUUCAAAAGCAAUUUUUAAAUGUUACAGAUUUUCUUUAUCAUUUAAUGAUGCAUAUAUAUUCUCAACUUACAGAGAAAAACAAUAAGUUGAAAUUUUUAAUAUCUCAAUUGAAGAAAUUAAAAAUAUAUGAUGAAAAAAAUGAGCAGCUGCUAAAGAAAAAAAAAAAAAAAAAAAAAAUAUUAAAAAAUAAAAUAAAAAUGAAAAAAGAAGAUGAUAAUGAUGUAUCUAAUAUAAGUAAUAGAAAUGAAAAUAAAAAUAAAUCAGAUGUUUAUAAAAAUAACAAAAAAAAAUAUAAAAAUCAAAAAUAUAACAAUAAAAAAUAUUCUCAUUAUCAUUCUGAUGAUAAUAGAAGUUUAAAUAUAAGAAAUACAAAAGAUUUAUUAUUAUCAAAGAAAGGUUUCUCAGAUGAUAAUAAUAGAAGUGAAUAUUCUUCUUUGAAUAGUUCUAGUAUAUGUUUAUCGAAUCAGUUAUGUCUCUCUGAUUUUACACAUAUGAAUACAAAGACAACAUUGAACAGAAGAAAUAAAAGUAAAUACAAAAAGAAUAUAAAAAAGAAGAAAAAUAUGAAUUCAUAUAAAAAUGUGGAGGAAUCUAUAUCUAUAAGUUGUGAUAGUAAUGAUGUCAUAGUAGAUAAGCAAAAAAGGAAAUGUCACAAUAAUAGUGAUAAGAAUAUACUUAUAAAAUUGAAAAAAUAUAAACAUAUGUAUGAAGAGGAGUUGAAGAGGAAUAAAACAUUAAAAUUUUUAUUAAAAAAUAAGGAUGACGAAAUUAUACAGAUAAAAACUAGUUUCAAAGAAGAGUUAGAACAGAAAGAAAUAUAUUUACAGGAUGAGAAAAAAAAAAAAUGCGACGAUAUAUAUCACUUAAAAACAUUAUUAGAAAAAGAAGAAAUGAAUAAUAAACAACUUAACGAUUUCAAUGAGAGCUUAAAAAAAAAAUUAGAUAUAUCCGUAUGUACUGAAAAAAAUUUAAAUAAUAAAUUAUAUAAUUUAAAUAUGUUAAUUACUAAAGAAAGAGAUAAAAAUAAAUUUUUAUUAUUACAAAAUAAGAGAUUGAAAUAUAUUAUUACACAAAAUAAUUGUAGUAAAGAUCUUAUAUAUAGAAAACUAAAUAUGAACAACAAUACUUUUUUGAAAUAUAAAAUGAAUUAUCCUAAUGAUCCUAUUUCUAAUAUUGAACAAAAAAAUAUAUAUAAUAUCAGUAUGAAUGAUUCAGAAAAUUAUAUAUCAGAUACAUUUGUAGAUAGUAACCAUAAUGAUAAUAUCUAUCAUAUGGAUGAUAUAUAUUUACACGAUAUAUCAGAUGAACAAAUAUAUGAUAAUUUAACAGAUGAUCCUUUAUAUAAUGGUAUUCAUAAAUUUAAAAGUAAAAUGUUAAGGAAAUAUUCUUUAGGACGUAAUAGAAAUGUUUCUCAAAAUAAUCAUGUAAAAAGAAUACAUGAAGAUAUUUAUAAUAAUCAUAUGGUAAAUAAUAAAAAUAGUUAUUACAAAUAUUAUUAUGAUAAAAAUCCAUAUAAAAAUUAUCAAAUGGAUUUAUCUUAUUAUAGUGAUAAUUCAGCACAAGUGAAAGAAAAACAAAAAAAAAGUUGUCUAAAUAUUAAUUUAAAAAAAAAGAAGAUCAAAAAUAAAGACAUAAUCAAAAAAGGUAGCAAGCUAGUAAAUCAGUUUGAUGAUGAUGAUGAUAAAAAUAAAAAGAUAAUAAUCAAAAAAGAAAAGAAAAAUUUUAAUCAUAAUAAUAAGAGAAAAAAUGGAAACAAUCAUAGUAAUGAUAAUAUCAUGACAAAUACAAAAAAUAUAAAUACCACAAAAAAAAAAAUGUUAGAUCAUAAUAAUAAUGAACAAAACAUAUCUGAACAAAUCAGAAAUGAUAUAAUAAAUUUUGAUGAACACAAUUAUAAAAAAAUUAUAAAUAAUAUAACAAAAGAAGAAAAAGAAAUUGAGAAAAUAAAAGAUGAUGAUCUAUAUGCAAUAUUUAUGCAGAACUGGAAUGAAUCAAGUAUGUAUGAUAAUCUUAAAAAUGAAACUGAUAUAAAUAUUUCAUGUUCUUUUAUUAAAAAUUUAAAUAAUGAUGAUAAGAUAUAUAUAAAUGAGAACAAUGAUAUUCCUACAAAUACUACAACUACUACGAAUAAUAUUAAAAGUUAUAAUAAUAUGAACAUUAUGGUUAAUGAUAUUGAUGGAGAUCAUAAAACAAAACCAGAACAAAUAACAAACGAUAAAAUAAAAGAUCAAUUUUAUGAUGUAUCAAAAAAUAAUCAAAUAAAAAAAAUAAAUGAUACAAAUGUGGAAAAAGGAUAUAAUGAAGAUAUUACAGAAAAAAAAAAUAUUCUAUUUGAAAAUAAUAACAUUGAUAAUAAUCUUUCUAACAACAAAGAAGGGUCUGUUUCUCCAGAGAUUAUAACGUGUCAUAUUAAUAAUAUAGAAAAUUCAAAUAUAAUUAACAAUCAGAAGGAAAAAAAUGAUAAUAAUGAAGUACUUAUGACAUAUGAAUUGUAUAAACAAAAUAAAGAAAAAUAUAUGCAUAUAAGUUUAAAAAAAAAAAAAGAAGAUCAUCAUGAAGGUCAAAAUAAAUUACCCCACAUGAUUAAUAAUAAUAAAAAUUUAUUGAUUCGAAAUAUUUUAUCAACCAACAAUAAUAAUAAUAUAAACAAUAUGAAUAAUAUAAAUAGUAAUAAUUAUAAUAAUAAUAAUAAUAGCCCUAUUUGUAAUGAAAUAAUGAAACCACUCGAACUCACCAAAAAUAAUAUUAAUGAUGAAUAUACAUAUGAAACUAGUUGUCAUGAUUUAAGUUUGAAUAAUAGUGUUAAUGAAGUCUAUAAUAACUUAAUAAAUAAUUAUGAUAAUAACAAUCAAUAUCACUUUUUUCAACCCUAUGAAAGUAAUAAGAGAAAUGUAACUAAUACAGAUAUUAAAAAUAAUCAGGAUAAUAUGAUACAUGCAGAAAUAAAUGUAGCUACUAAUGAUAAUACUUUUAUGUCUAUUCCAAAAAAUAUAGAUAAUUUAAAUGUUGUAAAUGAUAAUCAAAAAGAAUUUUUUAAGAAUGAUGAAAAUAAAUAUCACAAAAUUUUGCCUAACAAUUCUGCUAUCCAAAAUUUUGGAGUUAUGUAUCAGCCUGAACCAAUUAAUGAAAGCAUAGAAGGAAAAGACAAAAAUAUAGAUAACAAAAUUUCUAGGAAUGAAAUACAUUUAUUAUUAAAUAAUUUAUCGUCGUCUAAACAGAAUAUAUGUAGCACAAAUAAUAUAGAUAUAAAUCAACAUAUAGAUAAAAAUAUAAUAAAUGACAAUCAUAAAAUCAAUGAUGAUUAUAUAGCAACACAUGAUUUUAUGAAAACGGGUGGUAUUAAAUGCGGAACAAAUUUGAUAGAUAUUCAAAAGAAUACUCUUCAAAAUAAUUCGAGGGUAAGAAAGAAUGAAGAAAGAGAUAGAGGUGUAUUAAGCCGAAUAUUAAGAAAAAUAUAA